CGAGUGAGGGGAUGAGUGAGAGUGCCAGAUUGAGAUGGAUCAAUCGUGAUGGCGGGGACAUCCGAUCAUUGCACGCUCUCUUCUUCGGUUCCGCCUCUUUCGUAUGCUCCAUGGGCUUGCUCUAUUAUCUUAGGUGCAGUACGCGCAAGAGACUCCUUCCGAUCUCUAAUUUGGCGCAUAGUUAUGCUGGGAUCGCUGUCGCCUUCGCAUUUGUCACACUUUCUCUAGCCAGCGGACUCUUGUACAUCUCUGAGCUAAUCGAGGAACACACCCGCCUCGCCAAAACAAUUGGACAACGCGCUAUAUAUGCAAUCAUAGCCCUUCACGUCGUGCUCUACUUCUCCGACUCCCUUCCUCUUCAGCACACUCUCUUUUCGGCUCUCUGCCACGUCGUAUACUUGCGCAACUUCUCGGCGACAUGGCCGGUCAUCUCGCUCUCCUCCCUGACGUUCAUCGCUUCCUGCGUGCUUGUCAUUGCCGAUCACUUUAUUUGGUUCUUCCACUUCUCCCAUCUCACUCAGGCGGCUCGUCAUGUCAGUCGCCAGCGUGGUCCCAAAGGUUUCCGGGCUGGCCCGCCCACGGCAAGAGUGCCCUCCUUCAGUGAAAUCGCCACAUUCUUCGCCGUAUGUGUAUGGGCCGCGCCGCUCUUCCUGUUUCUCAGUUUGAGUGCGAAUGACAACGCGCUUCCGGUGUCAGGCACGGAAGGCACACCCGGACUAUCAUACCCCACUGAGAUCAAAACUAAGCCUCGCGUUUCGCUAUUCCGUUCGCUGCUAUUCUUCCGCUCGCGGAACCGCAACGAGCAGGGCAUCAUUGCCCCGCCGUCUCCCGGUAUCGUGCCCCAACACUCGCCGAUGUUGGCGCCUCUAGCGUCGCCGAGAUUCAGUACGCUUACUCCGCCUCGCUCGCCACGCUACAAGCCGGCCGAAUUGGAAGCUGAGCUGCAAGCAAGCAAUUUCAAACUGAACACACCUCCCCUUCGCAGCGAUGGAUUGGGCCAAAGGAGGAGGAGCGUCCUGUCGGAUGAUGGACUGUUUAACUCUUAGUGGAACAUACGGAAGUAUAUAUUCGUCUGCUUGGUCUGUCGAUUUUGGAAUACGAAAAUCUCCCCAUGACAUUUGCAGGGAUGGCUUUGGCAGGAUUGCGUUGUGAUAUUUGGUGCGGCAUCAUCCAGUUGCUCGAAAUGAAACGGCAGAACGA